UCCGAUGAUGCGAGAAAACUUUCAGGUAAUGAGAGAGCUGUUUGAGUUCGCCGCCCUUAAGACGGGAAAUUUCUUGCUAACACAGAUUAAUGGCCAAUUUCUUAAAAUCAACGCAUUAAUGGCGGGUGGAGUUUUGGUCGGUCACAUUGAGUGUGGUGAGUGGAAGUGGACAAAGCUACUCAAGAACUGAAGACAUCAACAAAAAGACUAAGCCUGAAUGAUAACAAUCUUUUUCAACUUUGCGAUGUAAGGAAACAAAUGUGAAAUC